GGUUGUUUUCGUGGUGACGUCAGUCGGUGCACAAGUAACGCUGAUAUAACCAAACGUAGACAAGUGUCCUCUCUCUGCUCCUUCCUCCUCAAGCCUCUUCACUCCUUUCUUCUUCUUCUUCUUCUAGUUUUACACUUUUACUCCUCCAAGUUUCCUCUGCUUCUUCUUCUUCACAAGAGGUUGAAGAUGUCAGCGCCGAAAUCGGGUGGUGAUCCAGCGCCACAUCCGCCGAAAGAGCAGCUUCCGGAUAUCUCUUACUGCAUCACUAGCCCUCCUCCAUGGCCCGAGGCUGUUCUGCUUGGGUUUCAGCACUACCUAGUGAUGCUUGGAACAACAGUUUUGAUUCCAUCUGCUCUUGUUCCGCAAAUGGGAGGUGGAAAUGAAGAGAAGGCGAAGCUGAUUCAGACAAUACUGUUUGUAGCUGGAUUGAACACGUUGCUCCAAACAGUGUUUGGAACUAGACUACCUGCUGUGAUUGGAGCAUCGUAUACAUUUGUCCCAGUUACAAUCUCAAUCAUGCUUUCUGGGAGAUUUAACGACGUUGCAGAUCCAGUUGAACGAUUUAAGAGGAUCAUUCGGGCAACCCAAGGUGCUCUAAUAGUUGCGUCAACUCUUCAAAUAAUUAUUGGCUUCAGUGGCCUUUGGCGUACUGUUGUAAGGUUCUUAAGUCCUCUCUCUGCUGCUCCUCUUGUUGGAUUAGUUGGUUAUGGCCUGUACGAGUUAGGUUUUCCUGGUGUUGCUAAGUGCAUCGAGAUUGGACUUCCGGGGCUUAUUAUUCUUAUACUUAUAUCACAGUACAUGCCCCAUAUUAUAAAGGGAGGAAAACAUGUCUUUGCUCGGUUUGCUGUCAUAUUUUCUGUGGCGAUAGUAUGGCUUCUUGCUUUCUUUCUUACAAUCGGUGGUGCCUAUAAUGGUGUUGGGACAAAUACUCAAAGAAGCUGUCGGACUGAUCGUUCUGGGCUCAUAAGUGCUGCUCCAUGGAUAAGAGUUCCAUGGCCAUUCCAGUGGGGAGCACCAUCGUUUGAUGCAGGUGAAGCAUUUGCCAUGAUGAUGGCUUCUUUUGUUGCUCUUGUUGAGUCGACAGGCGCUUUUAUAGCUGUCUCAAGAUUUGCUAGUGCCACAAUGCCGCCACCUUCUGUUAUCAGCCGCGGUGUUGGUUGGCAGGGAGUUGCAAUUUUAAUCUCAGGGUUCUUCGGAACUGGCAUAGGGUCUUCAGUUUCUGUCGAGAAUGCGGGUCUGCUAGCACUUACAAAAGUUGGUAGCCGGAGAGUUGUCCAAAUAUCUGCAGGCUUUAUGAUAUUCUUCUCAGUUCUUGGGAAGUUCGGGGCAGUGUUUGCAUCAAUACCUUCUCCCAUCAUAGCUGCCUUGUAUUGUCUCUUCUUUGCGUAUGUAGGUGCUGGAGGACUGAGUUUGCUACAAUUUUGCAACCUGAAUAGCUUCAGAACAUUGUUCAUCUUGGGGUUCUCAAUCUUCCUAGGCCUAUCGAUUCCACAAUAUUUCAAUGAGCACACAGCCAUCAAAGGCUAUGGUCCAGUUCAUACCGGAGCAAGAUGGUUCAACGACAUGGUCAAUGUGCCCUUCUCGUCCAAGGCCUUUGUGGGAGGAUGUGUUGCUUACUUGUUGGACACGACGCUUCACAAGAAAGAUGGCUCGAUCAGGAAAGACCGAGGUAAACACUGGUGGGACAGAUUCUGGACUUUCAAGAACGACCCGAGAACCGAAGAGUUUUAUGCUCUUCCUUUCAACCUCAACAAAUACUUCCCUUCUGACUGAAAAGUUCCUUCCGAACUUUAUGUAAUGCUAUUUGCUAGUUUUGUUUUGUGUCGCUUAGGUAGACACAGCUUAUCUAGCUAGGUUUAUGUGCAUACUCGGUGAGGAGACUAGAAACACAAAGUAAACUUGUAGAAACAUAACUGUGAUGUUUGUUUCUCUGUCUAGAUGUUUUGCACUAAAGAUGAUACUCGUUUUGCCAAAUGUAGAACUCGAGUAUGUACGCUCAGUUUUGGUGCAAAUGAUUUCCAUAAUUAGUUCC